UUUCUGAAAAAUGUCAAUUAAAGAAAAGAUAUCUGUCAAUUUAUAAAUAUUAUACACUAUAUUUAUUUUUUUAAAUUUUUAGAAAAUUCAUUUACAUAAUGGGAUUUAGAUUUUCACAGACCUUUUGAAUAAAGAAUCCCUUUUAUGAUAAGAUAAUCCUACUCAAUUAACAAUAUAAAGAAACAUUUUUGGAUUUUAAAAAGAUAAAUAAAUAUAAUAAAGAAUGAAGCUAUUUUUAUUUAAUCUUAAUAUGUAUACUUAAUAAGUUAUCUGGGUUUUGAACCAUGGCAAUUAUUUUUGCUAAUAAUUUUUUAAAUAAUCAUUUUCAAUGGGGUAAAUAUUACCACAUUUUUGUGAGGCAAUCAGGUUGGACCCAUAAUUGAUUUCUAUUUAUGAUAAAUGAUUCUUUGAGGUAAGUGUAAAUUAUAUACAAAAUUAUAAGUGAGAGGUGAAAACCAUUGUGUGAUAAAAAAUUUGUUAAAAGAAUUGAUAAAUUUUUUAUUUCAUUAUUAGAUAAAUUUUAUAUAACAUCAAAUUUUCCAUAAUAUAUUUGGCCUUUUUUCUAAAUAUUUAUAGAAAUCUUGGGAGAAUGAACAGAUAAUCUAUUCCUCUCAUUUGAUUAUUGAUUUAAGAAAAGAUUUCAAUUAAAUGAAUUGACAAAGUGAUUCCAUAUACUGAAAUAUUGUUUAUUUUUGUUAACAAUAAAUUAAAUUUUUGGAUAUGGCUUGGGAAUAAUCUUUGAAACCUAUGAUGUGGUUUGGGUUUGGAUUUCCAUUAAACAUGAACUGGGCCUGAAAAUUAUUUUUACUUAUGACCUAGGCUGGAUGAAGAAAUCAAUGCCAGUGAAGGUCUCUAAUUUCAAUGAUUAAAAUAUAUCAUUUCUCAGACUUUAUUUGAAGAUAAAUGAAUGGGCAAAUCACAAAUAUGCCUGUUUUCAAUUAUUUGCAAAAUUUAUUAGGAUUGUUAAUUUAAAGAAACUAUGAUUUCAAAGCAUCAUACAUUUCUAAAAAUUGUUGGACACUAAGAAAUAAAGAAAUCAAUUGUGAAGUGUAUAAUGGAGGAAAUAUUGAUCCAUGAUUGUUUUGGCAUAAAUAACAAAAAAUAUUAUAUUUUUUGUGACCAUGCAUUAAGCUUACAUAUAAUAUAAUAGGAAUCUUUUAAGAAAACAUUAUCAAAAAUAUAAGUUAAUAGCUGAUAGUCCAUUAUGAAUGACUGGUAAUCAGAAUUUUCUUCUUUAUUCAAUGAUGGGUGCAUAAUAAAUUUCCUUUAUAUGAUGAUGAUUGAAUCAGUAAAUUUUUCAUUAUUUUUAUAAAAUAUGUUAAUAGAGUGUAUAUUUAUGAAUUUUAAUUUAAAAACAAUAAGGGUCUAGAAUAUAUUUUUUUGAUUAUAAAUUACAAAUACAAAUGAAUAAGAAUUUAUUUUAAAAGAUUUUAAUAUAUUUUUUAGAUUAAAAAUAUAAUACAAAUGAAUAAAAAUUUAUUGUGCACAUAUAUUAAAAUAUCUAAAUAUAUAUUUCUUUAAUAUAUUUUGUAAAACCACUGGAAAAUUUUAAAAUUACACCCUCAUUUAAACAAAUAUAAAUUUAAUUUCUGAAUCACACCUCAUAAGAUAGGAGAAUUUUAAGAUUCAGCCAUCCACCGUCAAAUAAAGGAUAAAAUUAUGAUUCUCCAUCAUUCUUGAUGGCCAUCAGUGAAUGCCAAGUAACAAAACAAUAUAUAAAGUCAAAUGUGACUAUAUUAAUUGUAAAACUUCUAAAAUAAGAAGUGACAAAAUAAAUAACCAUUAUAAACAUAAACAUCCUCAUGUCAAGUUAUCUGAUAUCAAAUUUACAAAGAUAGCUAUCAAAAAGGAUAAUAAUUGGGUAUCCUUAAAUAAAGAUAUUCCAUUCAAUAUCACAAAUGGGGUUGAAACCAAGUUACAAAAAAAAUCAAUAACAUCUUACUUCCAAAAACACAAAUCUUUUAUUGAAGAUUCCCAAAUUAUAUUAUCUCAUACAAUGCCCAGUUCCAGUGAUCUGCUGAUUUUGAAUAAUGAGCUCAAAUCUUUUACUGAAGAUUCCCAAAUUAUAUUAUCUCAUACAAUGCCCAGUUCCAGUGAUCUGGUGAUUUUGAAUGAUGAGCAUGAAUCUUUUAUUGAAGAUUCCCAAAUUAUAUUAUCUUCUCAUACAAUGCCCAGUUCCAGUGAUCUGCUGAUUUUGAAUAAUGAGCACAAAUCUUUUACUGAAGAUUCCCAAAUUAUAUUAUCUCAUACAAUGCCCAGUUCCAGUGAUCUGGUGAUUUUGAAUGAUGAGCAUGAAUCUUUUAUUGAAGAUUCCCAAAUUAUAUUAUCUUCUCAUACAAUGCCCAGUUCCAGUGAUCUGCUGAUUUUGAAUAAUGAGCACAAAUCUUUUACUGAAGAUUCCCAAAUUAUAUUAUCUCAUACAAUGCCCAGUUCCAGUGAUCUGGUGAUUUUGAAUGAUGAGCAUGAAUCUUUUAUUGAAGAUUCCCAAAUUAUAUUAUCUUCUCAUACAAUGCCCAGUUCCAGUGAUCUGCUGAUUUUGAAUAAUGAGCACAAAUCUUUUACUGAAGAUUCCCAAAUUAUAUUAUCUUCUCAUACAAUGCCCAGUUCCAGUGAUCUGCUGAUUUUGAAUGAUGAGCAAACACACAAAGUUAUUGAAAAUUCCCCAAUUAUAUCUUUUUUUCAUCCAAUUAUCAAUCCCAAUGCAAGCCAAAAUAUUUCAAACAUUAAAGGCCCAAAUAUUAUUCAAUUAUAUAAAAAAAAGGAGCCUAAUGACCCUUUUCAUUUCAUAUUCUUUAGAAUGACAAAUAUCUUGAUUAAUUUCAUAAUUUCCAUAGGCCCAUGUCAGCCAUGUUCAAAUAUAUUUCAAUAUCCUGUUACUCACAAAAGGAGCAUGAAUAUAUCCUAUUAUAAAAAGGUUAAUAUUGAUGGUUCCCUCAAACCAAGAAAUUGGUUAUCCUAUAGCACCACUUUAGACAAAGUCUUUUGUCUUUAUUGUCUUAUGUUUGGUGGCCCUAAAUCCAAUACUUUUUGGACUCAACUUGGAGUAAAUAAUUGGAAAAAUUUUAAGCGUGACUUAGAGAGACAUGAGUCAUCUUCUAUUCAUAAGGAUUGUGAAUACACCAACAUGACUUGGCUUGCAAAUAAGCGUAUUCAAGAUCAUUUUCUAUCAAAUAGGCUUGAUAUAAUAAUGGAAAAUCGUAAUAUAGUUCAUAAUAUUAUUGAUGCCAUUAUAUACCUUAUAAAAUGUAACAUAGCCUUUUGGGGCACUAAUUCGAAUGAAGGUAAUUUUAUGUGCCUCAUAAAAUUAAUGGCAAAAACGGUUCCAACUUUACGGGCAUACAUUGAUAACAACGAAAAAUUGAGGAGAAAAAAAUCAGAUAAAAUUUCAAGACCUUAUAUAAAUUUAUUGUCAUAUGGCCAUGUGAAAAAAAUUAUUGAAGUCAUUAAGAUAAAAAUAAUAAAAUGUAUUAUUCAAAAAAUUAAAGAGAAUUGUGCCUAUAGCAUCAUAUUAGAUGGAACAUAUGAUGUGUCUAAAAAAGAAUGCAUUGCUUUACUUGUAAGAUAUAUAGAAGAUGAUCCGCAUCCACAUCCUGUAGAAAGGAUCAUCCAUGUUUUUACAACAUCAGAAACCACCGGGGAAAAUAUAAAGAAACAUGUUUUUUCUAAGUUCAAAGAUCUUGGUCUUCCUCUUGAUUAUAUGGUUGGGCAAAGUAUGGAUGGUGCAGGGAAUAUGAGAGGAGUAUACAAAGGAAUGCAGGCUUUAAUAUUGAAAGAGGCUCCAAAAGCCAUAUAUAUUUGGUGCCAUGCACAUAGGCUCAAUUUAGUAGUUGCUCAUGUUUGUGGAUGCAAAAUAGAAAUGAAAAAGGUAAUGGGAAUAUUGGAUGAGUUAUAUAAUUUCAUGAAUGGGGUAAGACGUCAAGGAGUGUUUGUUAAAUAUCAAAUGACAAAGUCUAAAAAAUCUCUUAAAAGAAUAAAAAAUACAACAAGAAAUUGGUCAUCAUCUUAUAAAGCUGUAGAAAUUUUUUUAGAUGUUUAUGAACAUAUUAUAGCAUCAUUAAAUGAAUUAAAAGAUUCUAAUGACCCAAGCACCUCUUCUAUUGCCGAUGGAUUAUUAACAAGAAUUAAGGAUGAAGAUUUCAUAUUAAGUCUAUUUAUUUUGAAAGAAAUAUUGAAAUGCACACAUGAGGCUUGUAUUGAAAUGCAGGCAGUUGGUAAUGAUUUGGCUAUGGUAACUAAAUUAAUACAACACACAAAAAAUAAAUUACAAAGACUAAGAGCUAAUGGGGAUAAUAUUUUUUUAAAAUUGCAUUCCUUAUCUAACAGUUAUUUGAAAAAGAAUAAUGUUACAACGGAAUUGCAUAAUAUAAAAUCAAUAUUCAAAUUUGAUCAAACAGCAUUCAAUAAUUAUGUUAAACAAAAAAAAAACAAAUAUAAAAGGGAAAUAUUUUUCCCUGUGCUUGAUACAAUCAUUAAUGAUUUAAAUGAAAGAUUUAAUUAUGAUUGUUUAAAUUUUUUAUCUCAAAUAUCUCUUUUUACACCAGCUGGAAUUAUAGCCAAUGAUAGAAUAGAAGGGUGGCAAAUAUCUCAAAUUUGUCAUACUUACCAAUUAAAUGCUCAAGAUAUUGCUCGUGAAUAUAAUGAUUUUCGAUCUUUAUAUUUGGAUUCACAAGCAAUCAUUUAUUGCAAGGAUCUUUUGAAAAUAAAAAAGAAUGAUGGGUUAUAUAUUGAUGAAAGUAUUGUAAACGAUGAAACCGAGGAAGAUAUCAAUAACGAUAACAUAAUUAAUACAAAAAAAUGGAUAAAAUAUUCAUUUAUACUACCAUAUCGUCUUUUAAAUAAAUUAAAUUCUUAUUCUAAUUUAUAUUUAUUAUAUAAAUAUUUAUUGACUCUACCAACUACUUCUUGUUCAGCCGAAAGAGUGAUGAGCAAAGUCAAAAUAAAUAAAACUAGAAUGCGGAAUAAAAUUUCUGACCCCUUUUUAGAAAAUUUACUUCUAAUAUCCAGCGAAAUUGAUGUUUUUGAAAGAUUUAAAAUAGACGACAUUAUAACGCGAUUUGCAUCUACGUCUAAAAGAUUAACUAAAUUAUUAAUAAAAUAAGUUAUAUCUUUUUCACAGCUAAUUAUAUACGCCUUUUUAAUAAUGUAAAUUUAAUUUAAUAGUUUUUUAUAUCAUUCUAGUCCGGUGCAUAAUAUAAUACUAUAUUCAUUUUAUUUAAAUAUUUUAUAAUAGUUAUAUUUACAUAAAUGUUUUUAUAAUUCCAGUGCAAAAUAUAUUAUAUUCAUUUUAUUUUAAUAUUUUAUAUAAAACUUAUAUUUACAUAGAUGUUUUUAUAAUUCCAGUGCAACUAUAUUCAUUUUUUUCUCAUAUUUUAUAUAAAAGUUAUAUUUACAUAAAAAAAUUUAUAUUUCCAGUGCAAAAUAUACUCUAUUCAUUUUAUAUUUUAUAUAAUAGUUAUAUUUACAUAAAUGUUUUUAUAAUUCUUGUGCAAAAUAUACUAUAUUCUUUAUUCUAAUAUUUUAUAUAAAAGUUAUAUUUACAUAAAAAUUUUUUUUAUAUAAUAGUUAUAUCUAUAUGAAUGUUUUUAAUUAAUAUAAAGGCAUUAGUAUUUAUAGAAUCAAGCUAUACCUCUUUAAAAUUACUCAUUUUGUUUUUUUUACUUAAUAUAAAGGUAUUAGUAAUUAUAGAAUCAAGCUAUACCUCUUUAAAAUUACUCAUCUUAUAUUUUUU